UCUAGGCAGUAGAACUGUAGAAGAAGUAUCUAGAAAUUUGCAAUAGCACCCUUCAAAUUUCAAAACUUUGCAUUAUAUAAUCAAACUUCAAAACCUACCAUCGUUUCAGUAAAUUUCAAAAGGCCACACACAAACAUCUGCGCUCUCAAAAAUUUUCCUCUCACAUUAGCAACACCAUGAGCCGACAUCCUUCUGUCAAGUGGGCCCAGAGAUCUGACAAGGUGUUUAUCACAGUAGAGUUACCUGAUGCCAAGAAUGUAAAGCAGAAACUAGAACCAGAAGGAAAAUUCUCGUUUUCUGCAACUGCUGGAGCUGAUAAUGUACCAUAUGAAGUGGUUCUUGAUCUCUUUGAUAAAAUUGAUGUUGAUGAGAGCAAGUCUAGUAUUACAUCAAGAAAUAUCUGCUAUCUUGUAAAGAAGGCAGAAGACAAAUGGUGGAGCAGACUGAUUAAGCAAGAAGGUAAACCACCAACGUUUUUGAAAGCUGACUGGGACAAAUGGGUUGAUGAAGAUGAACAAGACAGUACACCAGCUGGAGCAGAUAUGGAUUUGGGCGACAUCGACUUUUCGCAACUCAACAUGGGUGGCGGUCCUGGGGAUUUUGAUGCCGAUGAGCCUGAAGAAGAAGAUGAUAGCGACACUGAAGAAGAAAUCGAGGAAGGAAAGCAUGAGCAUAGUGAAUCUCAAGCAGCAACUCCAGCAACCACUGAACCUGAGAUGAAAGCUUGAAAGCUCCCAUUUUUGUUUGUUUGUUUAACUUCUAAUUAUUAGUAUAAGAUAUGUAGUUUAAAUUAAUGUGUCUUUGCCUGUUGGUGGUGGAGCUUAGGUUUGGCAUUGUAUUCAGUGUCCAUGCAUUUGGGAUUAUCAUAAAUUUAACCAGAUAAUGUAGAACAAUGGUAGCAUUCUUGGUUAAGAGAAGUAAUCUGUGCCUUUUUUGAGUGUUUCUAUGCAUUUGUUUUUUUACUUG